GAUAUAUGAUACAGAAUUAUCAAGAUGCUAUGGCUAUAUGUCGUUGGAUAGGGUAUCCAAGCUUAUUCAUUACAUUCACAUGUAACCCAAAGUGGCCGGAAAUCCAACGAUAUGUUCAACUAAGAGGUUUGAGAGCCGAGGAUAGACCAGAUAUUGUUGCACGAAUUUUCAAAAUGAAGCUUGAUUCAUUAAUUAAGGAAUUCAAGGCAGGGCAAUUAUUUGGUCCGGUAAAAGCAUUGAUCUACACAAUUGAAUUUCAGAAACGGGGAUUACCUCAUGCUCAUAUACUUCUUUUUCUUGGUUUGAACACAAGUAUUCCAUGUCAAACUACAGUGGACUCAAUAAUCUCCGCUGAAAUCCCGAGCAAAGAAUUAGAUCCUGAGUACCAUCAAGCAGUCGAGGAGUUUAUGUUACAUAGUCCUUGUGGUGUUGCUAGAAAGACAUCUCCAUGCAUGUGAUCUACACAAUUGAAUUUCAGAAACGGGGAUUACCUCAUGCUCAUAUACUUCUUUUUCUUGGUUUGAACACAAGUAUUCCAUGUUAAACUAUAAUGGACUCAAUAAUCUCCGCUGAAAUCCCGAGCAAAGA